GUUAGCAUCGACAAUGUCAAAGCCAAGGUUGGACGGCAAGGUGGCCAUCGUCACCGGCGGCGCGAGCGGCAUCGGCGAGGCGGCGGCGCGGCUGUUCGCGUCGAGCGGCGCCACUGUGGUGAUCGCGGACGUGCAGGACGAGCUGGGCGAGGCGGUGGCCGCGUCGGCCGGGUGCUGGUACAUGCGGUGCGACGUGACGGACGAGGCGCAGGUGGAGGCGACGGUGGGCGCCGUGGUGGCCGCGCACGGGCGUCUGGACUUCAUGCUCAGCAACGCCGGCGUGCUGCUCCCGACGUGGUCCGUGAUGGACAUGGACCUCCGCGAGCUGGACCGCGUGAUGGCCGUCAACUUCCGCGGGGCCGCGGCGUGCGUGAAGCACGCGGCGCGCGCCAUGGUGUCCCGCGGCACCCGCGGCGCCAUCGUGUGCACGGCGAGCGUGGCGUCGCUCCAGGGCGGGUUCGGCCCGGCGUCGUACACGGCGUCCAAGCACGCGCUGCUGGGCCUGGUGCGCGCUGCGGCGGGGGAGCUCGGGCGGCACGGCGUGCGCGUCAACUGCGUGUCCCCCGGCGGCGUGGCGACGCCCAUGAGCUGCGCGCUCAUGGGCGUGGGGCCCGAGGAGCUGGAGGCCAUGACCGUGCCGCACAGCGUGCUGCGCGGGAAGGUGCUGCGGGCGGAGGACGUGGCGGAGGCGGCGCUGUUCCUGGCGUCCGACCAGGCUGCGUUCGUCAGCGGUCACAACCUCGUCGUCGACGGCGCCACCACCGCAGUCAACCCCGCCGUGCUGCACACCGUCGGGAGAAUCUCUGAGAUCUUCUUGUCCCAGAAGGAAUUGACAUCGAGGUUGUGAGGGCAGCACCUGCUUCUGCUUCAUGUGCAGCAAUGAUUACCUGCAGUAUCAGUCACUGAUCAAUGCACUUUGUGUUUAACUUAGUUGGUGAUCUGUAUAAUUUUCGCCUGGCACUAUCAACAAGCUCGUAAAAAGCAACAAAAUUAAUCUGACUACAACAAAGCAGUUCAACUCUGCCAUUCUGGAGAUGUAGUGCAAUGGACGCCUGAAUGCGCCCUAGAGGCCCCCAAAUACUGCAUUGAUGUUGUUUCAGCUGAGACACUCAAAAUCUGGGGUUGAUGAGAUCUUCAUGCUAUGAAAUCUGAACAACCUGGUGUGCUCUGAAUUCUGAAUCUCGCAUUGCAUGAUACGAGUCUACGCUUUCUAACAUUAAAUUUGAAGAUUAUUCUUGGCUAAUUUUGUGUGAUAAUUACCUGAAAGAAAGACACAAAGAACACUGCGAGUGCGUCAAAAUGUCAAAUUCGAAUCUUUGGUGGUCGGUUGCCUGUUGAUUGGCGUGGGACGGGGCGAUCGCGCGUAGCUGGCCUCUCGCCUCGUGAAGAACAAAUGCCAGCUGCGUGCUCACCGCCAUACGCGAGGCGGAGCUAAGCGCGAAGGUGCUAUGCGGACGGUGGGCGGGCAUGGAGCAA